UAUAUAAACAGUCCUUUUUGUUUUAUUUCCUUUUUAUUUUCUUUAUCUUUUCCUUUUAAUUUUUUUGCGUUAUGCUUACAUACUUAGAAGUUCAUCUUUAUUAUACAUUACCAGUCCUUGGUAUCUUGUUUUGGUUGUUGAAACCAUUUCAUUCACAACAAGACAGUCUCAAAUAUAAAUUCUUGUUGGUUAUGGCCUUGACUACCGCGUCUAUAUGGGACAAUUAUAUUGUCUAUCAUCGUGCCUGGUGGUACUGUCCCACUUGUGUUGUCGCUGUCAUUGGAUAUGUACCUCUGGAAGAAUACAUGUUCUUUGUGGUUCAGACCUUAUUGACUGUUGCCUUUACUAAUUUCGUUAUGCGUUGGCACUUGCAUUGCUUUUUUAUUAAGCCAAACACGUCUCUGAAACAAACCCUUAUUGUACGCCUUAUACCAGUUGCAGGUUUAUUGACAAUUACUUAUCAUGUUUGGCAUUUAGCAUUACCAAACAAGCCUUUGUUUUAUGGCUCGUGUAUACUUUGGUAUGUUUGCCCUGUUUUAGCUUUGCUUUGGUUAGGCGCCGGUGAAUAUAUUAUGCGUCGGUUCUUGGCUGUGUUCAUUUCUGUCGCAUUGCCUAGCGUGUUUCUAUGCUGGGUUGAUGUCAUUGCUAUUAGUGCUGGCACUUGGCAUAUUUCACUCAAGACAAGUACUGGCAAGAUGAUCGUACCUAAUUUGCCUAUAGAAGAAUGUCUGUUCUUUACCAUGAUCAAUGUCGUCCUGGUUUUUGCUACAUGUGCCAUUGACCGCGCUCAAGCCAUUUUGCAUCUUUACAAAACUUCCAAGGGUACACAAGAUAUGACAGCAACAACACCUUUUUUACAGCAAGUCAAGGAAUUAGCUUGGGCUUUCUGUAUUCCUGAUCAAAUGUUGAACAAUGAAAUGUUUGAGGAUCUUUCUGUCAGUUGGGAUAUUUUACGUAAAGCCUCUAAAUCAUUUUAUACUGCUUCUGCUGUCUUCCCUGGUCAUGUACGUCAAGACUUGGGUGUACUCUAUGCUUUCUGUAGAGCUACUGACGAUCUUUGUGACGAUGAAUCUAAAUCUGUGCAAGAGAGAAAAGACCAGUUGAACUUAACUCGUCAGUUUAUUCGAGAGCUGUUUAGCCAAAAGACCAAUGCGCCCACUGUGAUUGACUGGGACUUGUACCGUCACCAAUUACCUGAUGAUUGCCUCUCAGCCUUUAAAUCAUUUACUCGUCUUCGUCAUGUACUUGAAGUAGAUGCUAUUGAAGAGCUCUUGGAUGGCUAUAAAUGGGAUCUUGAGCGCCGCCCUGUCCUUACUGAAGAAGACCUUAAAGAGUACUCUGCUUGUGUGGCUAGUAGUGUUGGUGAAAUGUGCACUCGUAUUAUUCUUUCCUAUCACCCAAAGCAAACAAGAAAUGAUGCUUGGAUUAUCGAUCGUGCGCGUGAGAUGGGGCUUGUGCUCCAAUAUACAAAUAUUGCUCGAGAUAUUGUGACAGACAGUGAGACUUUGGGAAGAUGUUAUUUACCACAUCAAUGGCUUAGCCAACAAGAGCUAGAUCGAAUUCAGCAAGGACAUGCUCGAGGCUUGGGUGAUCAACGCCUAAUGGGUCUAUCUUUGAAAUUGAUUGGUAAAGCAGAUGAUAUUAUGUCAAGAGCCAUCAAGGGAAUUGACAAACUACCGUCAAACUGUCAAGGUGGUGUUCGUGCAGCAUGUCAAGUCUAUGCUGCUAUUGGUUCUGUUCUGAAACAACACAAAGCUUAUCCUACAAGAGCACACGUCAAAAGCAAAGAAAGAGCUAAAAUUGCCUUAUUAAGUGUUUAUAAUCUGCCUACUCAAGAAUCAAUACCAUUGCGCCAGAAAAGAAAGAUUAAGAGUUUUUUUGUUGAAUAAAGAGUUAUGAUACCAUUUUAGGUUUUUUUUUUCCAGUCACAUGUAGG